CGGCCUUAUUCACCAUCAUUGAUUACCUAUCUGUGUCUUAAGAGCCAAAUUUAAAGCAAUUGAAGUGAAGAAUCACUGCAUCAUCAGUCUCUGCCCUUUGCUCCUUGGAUGAUGUUGUGGGUUGUUUGAGUGGGAGAACUUUCUUCUUCUUCUUCCCCUUUCGUUAAUCUUCCCCGACUGAAUUGGACUGGUCGGGCAGAGAUGUCGACUUCGACUUCAAUUUCAACUUCAACUUCAACUUCAACUUCUGUCAGAAAAAUGGAAGAAGAGGCCAAAGCCAGAGAGCGGCAGGGCAUUGGAUCUAUCCUCGGCUCCGAACCCGAGAGACCCAAGACGGCUGCGUCCUUGCGGAGGACCCUCUCGGCCGACAUGUCCUCCAAGAAAUGGCUGGGGCGUCACGGGCUCACUACCCCUUUGAAGAAGAUCCCUUCCUCUGAAUCAUUUCCUAUUCCUUCCUCCUCUGUCGACUCUGAUUCCUCUUCUUCCUCGUCUUCGGAAGGAGAAGGAGAUGACUGGAGCCCAAUAGUCGAAUCCGAGGAUGAAGAACAACAGAAGAAGAAGGAAGAUCUUGAACGUCCCAGGCUUUCCGAUAUUUGGGGUUCGAUUCUGUCCCAGAAAGCAGAGGAUUUAUCGAAUUCGUCGUCGGCACCCUACAUUCAUCCACUUGUGAAAAGAUCGAAGAGUUCGUUGAGUCAGAAAAGCCUCGAGAUCUGCACGGAGAGUCUUGGGUCAGAGACGGGCUCUGAAGGAUUCUCUUCAAACCCACCAUCAGAAACCGGUGAUUUCGAGGACAAAUUGGUAGAAAAAAAACAGAGCAUCAAAGAAACAGAGGAGUUGUCAUCACCUGCUGCUACUCCAGUGAAAGAGAAAGAGGAAUUUGGAGCUGUAAAAAAUUCACCUCCUCGAUCAUUCCCUCCUCCUUUACCAUCUCUUUCUCGACGAGAUGGGCCGGGAUUCCUCAUGCAAUCGCAUCGCAGAGAUGGUCGUUUGGUCCUUGAAGCUGUUCCUGUCUCUACUUACAAUUACUUUCACGCCGAACGCCAAGGCGGGCGCCUUCUCCUCAGUUUCAUCAACAAACCCUCUGCAGUACUCAUGGAUUCCGACUACUACGAAGAAGAAGUGGAAGAAGAAGACGAAUUAGAAUUAGAAGAAGAGGAAGAAGAGGAAGAAGGAGAAGACAUAUUUGAUGGAUUUGAAGGAUUAGGAGAAGAGGAACAGACUGAGAAGGGCAGGGGAAUUUUGACAGAGGUAGUGAAGGAUAGUCAACCAACACUGAUGGUUACAUGUGAGGUGAUCAAUUUACCUGGGUCAGCAGCCCUUUUGACGAACAAGCUCCUGGGUUUGACUAAUAAGAACCCAAAUUGGUGUCACUCUCAGAAGAAAAAUGUAAUCUUGGAGGAGGAGGAAGAAGAGAUGGAGGAAGAGCUAACCCAACUGCCACAGUCACUGCCAUGCCCACCAAGGAUGGCUUGCCUGAUGCCAUCAACCGCCGCGGCGGCGACAGCGACGGCGGCCUCUUUCAAUGCUUACGACUACUUCUGGAGGACAAAGCCCACAACUGCUGCGGCAGCCAUGAAUUCGCUGACCCAGCAACAACCACCACCACCACAACCACCACCACCCAUCAUCGACAACAACAAUUACUGCAGUUACUACUACUCCAACAAGCACAACAACAAUAUUUACAACAACAAGAUAGUGAUUUCAAAUUCCAAGGGGGGUUUCAAUCCUCGAGAACAGCAGAAACAGAUGCUGGUCUUGGGAGGAAACGAAGCAGAUUGCUUAGUUCCUCAGAUUAGGGGAGGAUGCAAGGAGUCUAGAAACAGGUCGUCACUGUUCAUUUGGCAGCCUGCGCGUUGCAUCGCCACCUCUUAACCCCGUCAUCCACGUGUUUAUUUCUUCAAUUUAUACUGUUUUUGGAUGGAUUCUCCCUCUCUCUCUCUCUCUCUCUCUCUCUCUAGAAGAUCAAUUAAAGAUCAUGAAAGAGAUAUUAUCUCUCUGAUUAAUUGUUACGUUAUCACUUGUGGUCUUGAAGAGUAAUAAUUGAAGUCGACCCAUUCUCCCA